GGCUGAGCUGAGCCCAUAUGGCUGCCAUGGAGGUGCUGCUGGCGGCCGCUCUGCUCCCGCUCCUGCCCCCUGUCAGGGCUGCCGGCCCCCUGCCCACGCUGGCCCCACCGCUGAGCAUGGUGGUGGGCGGGAAGCAGCGGCAGCUGGUGGUGUGUGUGGUGAGCGAGUUGGCCCCAGCCUCUGGCCACACCGUCUGGAUCUCCAGCGGGAACGGUAGCAUCCUCCAGUCCUUCACCUACGGGGUGUCCCAGGAGGAUGGUGGCACUGUCUGCACCGUCUCCCUCCUCCCUGACAACCCUCCAGAUGAGGGAGAUCUCGCCUGCCACGUGGGGCCCAACAAGACCUCACCAGCCCACAGCUCCAGCCCCGUCCACAUCAUGGGCAGCGGGGAGGUGGCAGAGCUGUGUCCCAGGAGCAUGGCUGUGUGCAAGUACGUGGCCGUGGAGCUGAAAUCCGCUUUCGAGGAGACUGGCAAGACCAAGGAGGUGAUUGACACCAAGUAUGGCUUUCUGGAUGGGAAGGGCUCUGCCGUCAAGUACACGCAGUCGGACAUCCGGUUAAUUGAGGUGACAGAGAACAUCUGCAAGCGGCUGUUGGAUUACAACCUGCACAAGGAAAGGAGCGGCAGCAACAGAUUCGCAAAGGGCAUGUCAGAGACUUUCGAGACCCUGCACAACCUGGUGCAUAAGGGCGUCAAGGUGGUGAUGGACAUUCCCUACGAGCUGUGGAACGAGACCUCCGCUGAGGUGGCCGACCUCAAAAAGCAGUGCGACGUGCUGGUGGAGGAGUAUGAAGAUGUGAUUGAGGACUGGUACAGGCACCACCAGAGCGAGGAUCUCUCCCAGUUUCUCUGUGCCGACCACGUGCUCAAAGGGAAGGACACGAGCUGCCUGGCAGAGAAGUGGACUGGCAAAAAGGGCGACCUGGCAAGUGUCGGGGAGAAGCAGAGCAAGAAAAAGAGCAGGAAGAAGAAAAAGGGGCAGAAGGAUGAGAGUGAGGGAGCUGCCAGCCUCCCGGAAGCAGGGGAGGCCCUGGAAGAGAGUGGGGUCCAGGAGGAGGCUCCGCUCACCCGCAGCCCAUCCGACGAGCUGUAGGCAGCGGGCCGAGCUCUCACCCUGCGGGCACGAAAGGCGAAGGGAGGCGGUGCGCGGCGGCGGGAAUGCCCGGGGAGCGCCCGGCCCGGCCGUGCCCGCGAGGGUGCGCUCCCGAGCGGGGUGGGCGGGGAGCUGCCGCCCCCUCGCCGUCCCCGCCCCCGGGGCCGGCUCCGCCGCCGCGCCCAGACAGGACUGUAAAUAAAGGCGUUUUCUCCAGAACCGCCGCCA